UUAUUGGGCACAGAGAUGGAUUACAUCAGCCCAAACAAACUUUGUUUUUCAUCCAUUUCCUCUCUGUGUCUCCACAGAAACCUGCUGGACAUGGACACCUUCUCCAAAUCAGACCCAAUUUGUGUUCUCUACACGCAAGGCAUGGGCAACAAGGAAUGGAGAGAGUUUGGGAGAACGGAGGUGAUUGACAACACGCUAAACCCAGACUUCGUGAGGAAAUUCAUGCUGGACUACUUCUUUGAAGAGCGACAGAAUCUCAGAUUUGACUUGUACGAUGUUGACUCAAAGAGUGCCAACCUGCAGAAACACGACUUCCUGGGCCAGGCCUACUGCACCCUGGGAGAGGUGGUUGGAUCGCUGGGCAGUCGCUUGGAAAAGCCUCUUGGAGGCAUUCAAGGGAAGAAGUGCGGGACCAUUAUUGUGAAAGCCGAGGAGUUGAAUAACUGCAGAGAAUCAGUGAUGAUGCAGUUCUGUGGGACCAAGUUGGACAAGAAGGAUUUCUUUGGCAAGUCGGACCCGUUCCUGGUUUUCUACAGGAGCAACGAAGACGGCACGUUUACCAUCUGCCACAAGACCGAGGUGGUGAAGAACACUCUGAACCCCGUGUGGCAAGCCUUUAAGAUCCCCGUGAGAGCUCUCUGCAACGGGGAUUACGACAGAACAAUCAAGGUCGAGGUUUACGACUGGGACCGAGACGGCAGCCAUGACUUUAUUGGAGAGUUCAGCACCAGCUACAGAGAGCUCUCUAUAGGACAGAGCCAGUUCAAUGUCUAUGAGGUGGUAAAUGCCAAGAAAAAAGGAAAGAAGAAAAACUACAAAAACUCUGGAACAGUAACGCUGCUGUCCUUCCUCGUGGACGUCGAAGUCACCUUUCUGGACUACAUCAAAGGAGGGACCCAGAUCAACUUCACGGUGGCCAUUGAUUUCACAGCGUCCAACGGAAACCCAGCCCAGCCCACCUCUCUCCACUACAUGAGCCCGUACCAGCUGAACGCUUACGCCAUGGCCCUGAAGGCGGUUGGCGAGAUCAUUCAGGACUACGACAGCGACAAGAUGUUCCCCGCACUGGGCUUCGGAGCCAAGCUGCCGCCGGACGGACGGGUGUCCCAUGAGUUUGCCCUGAACGGUAACCCUCAGAACCCGUACUGCGCAGGCAUUGAGGGUGUAAUGGAGGCCUACUACCAGAGUCUCAAGUCCGUCCAGCUCUACGGACCCACCAACUUCUCCCCCGUCAUCAACCACGUCGCCAGAUACGCUGCUUCUGUGAAGGACGGUUCUCAGUACUUUGUGCUGCUCAUCAUCACCGACGGCGUUAUCUCGGACAUGGCCCAAACGAAGGAGUCAAUUGUCAAUGCUUCAUGUCUCCCAAUGUCAAUUAUUAUUGUGGGGGUCGGUCCAGCAGAAUUUGAUGCCAUGGUGGAGUUGGAUGGCGAUGAAGUCCGAAUCUCAUCCAGGGGAAGAUUUGCAGAGAGAGACAUUGUUCAGUUUGUUCCAUUCAGAGACUACAUCGACAGAAGUGGGAACCACAUUCUGAGCAUGGCCCGGCUCGCCAAAGACGUCCUGGCCGAGAUCCCGGACCAGUUCCUCUCCUACAUGCGGACCCGGGGGAUAAAGCCUUCGCCGGCGCCACCUCCCUACACGCCGCCGGGGCAGCCCGUCCAAACCCAGAUAUAAGGAGCAAGUCGUAGAGAGUCAAAAGUCUUACAGUCAGGUGUUCUCCAAACUUAACGCGCAAAAUACUUCCGUCUCCUUAAAGCCGCUCUCCAUGAUUUGCCGUCAUGGAUGACGGGGGAGGGGUGUGUGUUUUUUCUCGCGGUCAGGAAGCUGCACGUCAGGCCGGGAAAGCGGUGCUUUAGAAGGAAAACGCAGCAAGAGUCUGUUUACUUCCACUAUCGAGCAUUCCUGUAAUUGUCUGGAUUUUGAUAGGAUGUUUAUUGUUUUUCUUCUGUUGUGUACGUGUGGGUGCGAGCGCGAGUGAAACCAAGAAAAGCUUCGGAGAGAGCCGACAGAUUCAAACUGUGCGGAGAAAAGAGAAGCAAAAACAUGAAGGAGUUAAUGAUCUGGAUUUUAGCUUGGAAAAAAAAUG